AUGACGCAGGAGAUUAUGAAGUGAAAUGGCUGGGGGUACAGUGACUCCAAAUUCCUCUUUAACAAGAAGGGUCAAGCAGAAUUUACAGGCAAAAGGUAUAGGCUAAGUGGGAUGACCCUGCCCAGAUUGCAGGACUGGUUUGAAAAUACCUUUGGUGCCAGUGUGAAGCAUAAAAGCCCUGCGACACCAGUCCUGAAUGCCAGCGUUGUGCCGCCGCCCAGACUGAACGAGGCAUUCGUAGAGAACCUGAAGGCCACAGGCAUCCCAUUCUCCAAUGAGGCGGAGGACAGGGUGUUCCGUGCCCACGGUCAUUGCUUACAUGAAAUCUUUGCUCUCAGAGAAGGGAAGACAUUUGAGCGUGUUCCAGACAUGGUGGUGUGGCCAAACUGCCACAAUGAUGUGGUGAAAAUUGUGGAGCUGGCGUGCAAGCACAAUGUUUGUCUGAUACCGUACGGAGGAGGUACCAGUGUGACCAGUGCUCUAGAGUGCCCCCUGGAGGAGACCCGCUGCAUCGUCUCUCUGGAUACUUCCCAGAUGAACCGCAUAUUGUGGCUCGACGAGAAGAAUUUAGUCGCCCACGUUGAAGCUGGCAUCAUCGGUCAGGAUCUGGAGAGAUUACUCAACGAGAGUGGCUACUGUACGGGGCAUGAGCCAGACUCCAUGGAGUUCAGUUCGCUGGGCGCCUGGGUGGCUACUAGAGCAUCAGGCAUGAAGAAGAACGUAUAUGGUAACGUUGAGGACCUGGUGAUCCACAUAAAGGCGGUGACCCCUCGAGGGGUGAUGGAGAAGAGCUGCCAGGGGCCACGCAUGUCCACUGGGCCAGACAUCCACCACUUCAUCCUGGGCUCAGAAGGAACCCUUGGUGUGGUUACCGAGGUAACGAUGAAGAUCCGACCAAUCCCAGAGUACCAGAAGUACGGCUCGGUGGUCUUCCCUAACUUUGAGGCAGGCGUGGCCUGCUUACGAGAGGUUGCCAAGCAGGUCAUGAAACCUCAAGUGUCGUCCAUUUUCACACAUUUUGUUGAAGGGUUAAAGAAGUUCUACAUCACCAAGUUGAAAGGUUUCGAUCCCCACCAGUUGGUGGUUGCCACCCUUCUGUUUGAAGGGGACCGCGAAAGGGUCCUGCAGCAUGAAAAACAAGUGUAUGACAUCGCAGCAACAUUUGGGGGCCUGGCAGCUGGAGAGGACAAUGGGCAGAGAGGCUACAUACUGACCUUUGUCAUCGCUUACCUCCGGGACUUGGGGAUGGACUACUGUGUGGUCGCAGAAUCCUUUGAGACAUCGGUGCCUUGGGACAGGGUACUGGACCUUUGCCAGAAUGUCAAGGAGAGAAUUAUCAGAGAGUGUAAAGAAAGAGGAGCCCAGUUUCAACCGUUGACCUCAUGCAGAGUGACUCAGACCUAUGACUCUGGCGCAUGUAUAUACUUCUACUUUUCCUUCAACUACAGAGGACUGGCGGAUCCAGUACAUACAUACGAACAAGUGGAGCAUGCUGCCAGAGAGGAGAUCCUAGCCAAUGGAGGAAGCCUCUCGCACCACCAUGGAGUUGGGAAACUUCGUAAGGAGUGGAUGAAGGACAGCAUCUCUAACGUGGGCGUCGGGAUGCUCAAGUCCGUUAAGGAUGUGGACCCGGAAAACAUUUUCGGCAACCGAAACCUCCUGUAAUUUAUUUACAUGACAUUUUUAUAACAACCUCUUGGAAUAAUGGUUACUAAAUAUGACGAGCAGUAUCAAUGUCUUUCACCUUCGGGUUGACUUCGUUGUGCAGUCAACAUCAGUCAGAUGACUUGCCUUGCGUUACAUUACUCAACAUGCUGGGGCGGAAGGGAAGCCUGGUGGUUAGAGCGUUGGACUAGUAACCGGAAGGUUGCAAGUUCGAAUCCCCGAGCUGACACGGUACAAAUCUGUCGUUCUGCCCCUGAACAGGCAGUUAACCCACUGUUCCUAGGCCGUCAUUGAAAAUAAGAAUUUGUUCUUAACUGACUUGCCUAGUAAAAUAAAGGUAAAAUUAAAAAUAAAUGCUGUAACAAUAAUGGUCUAUGAUUAAUUUAGAAGCUCAUUGCAUUUUGUCACUAAAGCACCUUAUACCACCCACCACUGCGACUUGUAUGCUCUAGUCGGCUGGCCCUCACUACAUAUUCGUCGCCAGACCCACUGGCUCCAGGUCAUCUACAAGUCCAUGCUAGGUAAAGCUCCGCCUUAUCUCAGUUCACUGGUCACGAUGGCAACACCCAUCCGUAGCACGCGCUCCAGCAGGUGUAUCUCACUGAUCAUCCCUAAAGCCAACACCUCAUUUGGCCGUCUUUCGUUCCAGUACUCUGCUGCCUGUGACUGGAACGAAUUGCAAAAAUCGCUGAAGUUGGAGACUUUUAUCUCCCUCACCAACUUCAAACAUCAGCUAUCCGAGCAGCUAACCGAUCGCUGCAGCUGUACAUAGUCUAUAGGUAAAUAGCUCACCCAUUUUCACCUACCUCAUUCCCAUACUGUUUUUAUACUGUUUUUAUUUAUUUACUUUUCUGCUCUUUUGCACACCAAUAUCUCUACCUGUACAUGCCCAUCUGAUCAUUUAUCACUCCAGUGUUAAUCUGCAAAAAUUGUAUUAUUCGCCUACCUCCUCAUGCCUUUUGCACACAUUGUAUAUAGACUGCCCAUUUUUUUCUACUGUGUUAUUGACUUGCUAAUUGUUUACUCCAUGUGUAACUCUGUGUUGUCUGUUCACACUGCUAUGCUUUAUCUUGGCCAGGUCGCAGUUGCAAAUGAGAACUUGUUCUCAACUAGCCUACCUGGUUAAAUAAAGGUAAAAUAAAAAUAAAAUCAGGUCCUCAGUAGUGUCCUCGUCCAAGAUGAUCUGGUGAAUGAAGCCGUGUGUAUCAUACUGACGAUAGUACUGUAAAUGUUGAUAAUUUCAGUCACGUGUAUACAACCACGCCGUAAGAAUGGCCUUUUCAUAUUGUACAUGAUGCAGGAUAACAUUUUGCCUACAAUUUAAUUGUUUCCUAUAAUUCUUGCCAAUUUCAUUAACUAGAUUUUUUUUUUUGGUAGAUGUUUAUUUUACCUGUGUUUUGGCAGUACUUUAGCAGGGAGUUCUAGAUGAAUGCUUUUUCUAAAGCUCUGUGCCUUUCUGAAGAUGUUUCUUCACCCUUUCCUACAACACACACACACACACACACACACACACAGGAAGCUUGACUGGUUUGUUUAUGGCAUCCUGUAUGUUCCCUUAUGUGUGUGUCCUUCAUUCUAGAUUUCCUGUUUCCAGUUGGUCUUUCCUUCUCCACUCAAGCCGUGUAUUACUUAUACUAUUAAUGAUUACCGAGAGAUGUGUGUUUUGUUUUACCUACCUAAGAGGAUUUAUAUUACGUUGGAAGUCGUGCCUCUUCUGAAAAUGUUAAGUUGUUAACGUUAAACUGUUUAUGAAGAAACUAGGAUAUGAUGCGUAUCAACUUAUUUUUAUUUCUUUUAGAUUUGACCUUGCAUGGUUUUUGCCUGUCAUACAGAGUUCAGUUUGUGGACAGAGACAUACCUGCUUUUAGUGUGAAUGUAACGGAUGUGAAACGGCUAGCUUAGCGGUGUGCGCUAAAUAGCGUUUCAAUCGGUUACGUCACUUGCUCUGAGACCUGCAAGAGCCGCGGCUUUUGUGGAGCGAUGGGUAACGAUGCUUCGAGGGUGACUGUUGUCGAUGUGUGCAGAGGGUCCCUGGUUCGCGCCCGGGUAUGGGCGAGGGGACGGACGUAAAGUUAUUCUGUUACAUGAACGUGUUACAGACGACUGAAUACCCAUGUUUGUACCAAAGACUUUCAGCACAGCCCUUUCACUACUUUAUAUAUGCCGUAUAGUUCAAUGCCGAAGUUCAUACAGUUAACCUGUAUCCUGAUGAAACUUUUUUUUUUCGAUAUGCAAAUUUACAAAUAUCAAAAGAUGUGUUCAUAUUUGUUACUUUAAAUGUUACGUGUUCAUGUCAAAUAAAAACAUUUUCUUUAAAUUCAA